AUGGCCGCUGCCGUAAGGAAUAAUGUUUGGGUUGCUCCGGGGCAGGACGCGCAGUUUCUCCACAAAACCGCCGCACCACUGACAUCCGACGGUCUGAGAGGUGAAGAUCGUGGACAAGUGCUCUGCAACACGAGGGAUGCCAUCCCGGGAACUUCCUCCUUUCAUGAUUACAAUUUGGGUAAAUCAGAGAUGGACAGCUACCUGUCACCGCACCCGCAGGACUUAGUAAACUCCAAAAUGUUGUGCAGGGAUGGCCCUCUGAUGCUAGAGCCACCUUUCGCAGAAGACUUCGCCUCUCCUUACAGCGUCAACAUGAGCCUGCUCCUCCCUGACGUCACAUACCUGCACCCUGGCCUCUGCAGGACUGUGAGGCAGAUUAAAACUGAGCCGUCACACUCCCUGAUGCACCCCACCUGCCAGGGCACUGGAGUGCCGCCAACGCUCUCAGGUGUUCUUAGCGCGGCCGACACGGCAGGCGGCAACUUUUUCAUAAAGCAGGAAGUGCCAGAUUUCCAGGACGUUCCCCUGUUUCAGCUUUUGAACUCUGAUUUGGAGCAGCUCGUUCAUGGAUCGCAGCUGAACUCCAUCCCCAUGGCCCCAGGAAGUCUUCCCAACGGGAAUGUCCAAGCAGGCCCAGUGCAGAAACCCGCAAGCAGUCCUCAGAGUGAAUGUUUUCAGUUUAAUCGACACAUAGGCCAUCAGCAGAGACCGACCUACUUGCCACCUUCUCCGCCAAACUCGGAGCCCCCGAGUCCAGACAGGGGGAAGGAGCUCCUUCACAAUCUGUCCCCACCACCCUCCUACGAAGCCAGCAUCGCCUCUAAGUUAACUUUUCAGACCCAUAAUCUCAUUGACCCAGGACAAACUUCCAGUGUAGCUCCAAUCCAAAGUCCAGACCAAAAUUCCAGUGUCGGAUUAGUCCAAAGUCCAGGUGCUGGACCAGUCCAACGUUCAAGCCUGACACCGGUUCAGACUACGCCUGGUGCUGGCCCGCUGUCCCCAGUGUUGGCCCAGUCAGCUCCAGCCAAGUACAAUCGGAGGAAUAAUCCUGAUCUGGAGAGGCGGCGGAUUCACCACUGUGACGUCCCAGGAUGCAAGAAAGUAUACACCAAGUCGUCUCAUUUAAAAGCCCAUCUACGGACCCAUACAGGAGAGAAGCCUUACCAGUGCUCCUGGGAGGGAUGUGAGUGGCGCUUCGCUCGUUCUGAUGAGCUGACUCGCCAUUUCAGGAAACACACCGGGGCAAAGCCUUUCCAGUGUGCAGUAUGUAACCGCUGUUUCUCCCGCUCUGACCACCUGGCCCUGCACAUGAAGAGACACCAGCGCUAGACACACCAUCCUGCAAACAAAGUCAAUCGUUUUAUUCUCCAGUAAACGUGGACAAAGGACUGACACUUACAUAUCAGCAAACAGACAAAUUCAAAACUGUGGAUUAUUCCACCUAGUUCCCAGUGGAAGGUGUUCUUAGCAGCGCUGGCCCACAUGUAAUUGUUUCUUUUAUUGUAAAAAGAUUAUGAUGCCUUAUUUUAUUCCCACGUGUGUGGCCCAGUGUUUGGGGACAUCUCCUGAAGGUGUCAGUCAAAAACCAUUAGCCAAAUGUAACAACGAAAUAAUGUUUAACCUUUUUAAGCCUUUAUUUUCAUUUGGUUUUGCUUUACUGCAAAGUGCAUAAGCAACUUUUCAGGAAAUAUCACUCUUUCAUUUUAAAGGUUUUCAUUGUACAGAUUAUAUCUAUAAUGUGUUACAUGGGCAUUUAUUAAAUUAACUUAAAUAGCAAACUGCCAUAAUGUAAGUGCUGAGGGAGAUCAAGUAUUGUUAUGAAUUGGGAGGUCAAAGGUUGUGUUGAUCUGUACUUAAACGAGUUGUGGAUUUGAUAGAGGACACAGUAGGAAGGUGGGAGGAGUGGAUGAACACUGGGAUGAGUACCGUCAGCAAGCUGGUGAACCACGUGGCGAGAGCAGUGCUUACAGCUUGACUUUAACACUGCCAGAGUCGUUGGAUACUUUUGUCACUGAGGAAGACUUUACUCAAAGCAAAACAAAGUCUGUAUUUAUCUGAAAUGAGAAGAAGACAGUGGUAUGGACUGCAUUGUGAAUGUUCUAUAUCUAUGCCCUUAUAACUUAACAUACAUAUGGACGUUACAGAAAGUGCUUAAUAGUUUUAGUCAGAGAUACAGAGAUUUUUUUUUUUUUUUUUUUACACAAGGUAGUAUAAGAGAAGCGCUCAGACAUAAUUUACGACAGUUUUAUAGUACAUGACAUUUCAGAAGUAGGCCAGAGUUAUUUUCUUUCCCCCAAGAAGCUGUUACGAUAGACAAGCUGACAUUAGUUCAUCUUGGUUUAGUUUUGGUUGCAAAUCAUGUGUCCUGACGUUAGAUAUUUUGUUCUGCUCAUAACAGAAUUACAACAUCAUCAUCACUGAUGAUUUGUCUUCCUAAAAGUGGUUUCAAAGAGACCUGUUUUUUUUGUUUUUUUUUUGAGCACCUGCCAGUCUGAACACCUGAGAAAGCUUUUGGUUUCUUUGACCGCUAUCCAUGCAUUCAAACACCUUUUCAAAGUGCCUUUAACUGCUUUUUUUGGGGGGGAAUGAAUGAAAAACAAAGCUGCACCGUUGGGACAAUAUUCUUUUAUCAGGUACUCUACUCUGCCAAAACAAUUCUAUAUGUUGGCUGCCCCUCCUUCUUUCCAUAAUACAUCAAUUUCUAUUUAUGACCAAAUUUAUUCAUAAUCUGGUUGAACAAAAUUGAUUUUUAAAGUUUCUAUUAUGUGUUAAGAUGUAUAUAUUUUGUGUCUGCUGUUUUAGGAUACAAGUCCGUUUAUUGUUUUUUGGGUGUAGAAAGAUUUAAAACUUUCUUUUAAAUUGCAGAGACUGUUUAUUUUUAUUUCUUGGCAAAGUCUAAGAAGGAUCAAAUUACAGAAUUAUUAUUAUUGUCACAGUCUACACUGUCGUCACUCUCUCCAGCCAAAGUAGCAGCUCAGUGGAGUAUGUGCCAGUGAAUUAUUGCAAUACUUUUAAAAUACAUAUACACACACAAAUAUUUUGACAUGGUUGACACACAUGAAAAGUGUUACAAUAUUUUGUGUCAUAACUUCGUAACAUGAAGAUGUAACCUAAACAGAUCAAAUGUGCUAUGACGCCAUGUGACUCUCAUAAUGCAAAUAAAAGUUUUGUGUUGAAUAUUAUAA